GGGGGAGCGAUGGGGAGGGGGCGGGAAUUCCCGACUCGCGGCCGGAACCGAGCGGAUGCCUUGUAGUGAGACCCUCGGGAGGUGGUCCACGAAGCUACCCGUGACAUCCCUCCACAGCCCCGAAGUCCCUGCGCUUCAUCCAUUCCUUCCUGGAGUGGGGCCUGGCCUUUGCUUUCCUUAGAGGAACCCUGCUCUCCAGUCCUCUGGGAGCUCCAGGUCUGAGAGUCACUGGAGCUACCACAGCCACCAUGGGGCCCUGGGGAGAGCCAGAGCUCCUGGUGUGGCGCCCCGAGGCGGUAGCCUCAGAGCCCCCAGUGCCCAUGGGACUGGAGGUGAAGUUGGGGGCCUUGGUGCUGCUGCUGCUGCUCACUCUCGUCUGCAGUCUGGUGCCCAUCUGUGUGCUGCGCCGGCCGGGAGCUAACACUGAAGCCUCGGCCUCCCGCCAAAAAGCCCUGAGCCUAGUAAGCUGCUUCGCAGGCGGUGUCUUUCUGGCUACCUGUCUCCUGGACCUGCUGCCUGACUAUCUGGCUGCCAUAGAUAAGGCCCUGGCGGCCCUGCACGUGACGCUCCAGUUCCCCCUGCAAGAGUUCAUCCUGGCCAUGGGCUUCUUCCUUGUCCUGGUGAUGGAGCAGAUCACGCUGGCUUACAAGGAGCAGUCGGGGCCACCACCUCGAGAGGAGACGAGGGCUCUGCUCGGAACAGCGAAUGGUGGGCCGCAGCACUGGCAUGAUGGAUCAGGGGUCCCACAGACAGGCGGAGCCCCCGCAGCCCCCUCAGCCCUGCGUGCCUGUGUACUGGUCUUCUCCCUGGCCCUGCACUCGGUGUUCGAGGGGCUGGCGGUGGGGCUGCAACGAGACCGGGCUCGGGCCAUGGAGCUGUGCCUGGCUUUGCUGCUCCACAAGGGUAUCCUGGCAGUCAGCUUGUCCUUGCGGCUGCUGCAGAGCCACCUGCGAGCACAGGUGGUGGCUGGCUGUGGGAUCCUAUUCUCAUGCAUGACUCCCCUGGGCAUUGGGCUGGGUGCAGCUCUGGCAGAGUCAGCUGGGCCACUGCACCAGCUGGCUCAGUCUGUGCUGGAGGGCAUGGCGGCUGGCACCUUUCUCUAUAUAACCUUCCUGGAAAUCCUGCCCCAGGAACUGGCCACUUCUGAGCAGAGGAUCCUCAAGGUCAUUCUGCUCCUAGCAGGCUUUGCCCUGCUCACUGGCCUGCUCUUCAUCCAAGUCUAGGGGGCUCCAAGAGGGGCAGGGGAGGUUGGGUAUCAGGUGCCCUGGGCCUUCCUCCCCUCCCCCAGUGUGUGGGCAAAAGGAAGGAGUGGGGAAGGGGGGGAUUGAGGCCCACAGAGUUCUCUGGGAGGUAAGGAUGGAGCCUUAGAACUAUCUGACCAAUGAGAGGGGAGUGGGCCCAAGGGACAAGGCCCAAGGGACAAGGGAUGGUCAAGUCACUAGAGACAUGAUCAAGGGACGUUAGUAUUAGGAAGACACUACACAUAGAGACAAACUGACAGUGGGGAGGCUGGAGGUGGGCAGCUGGCUACUGUGGGACAGAGGUAUAGAAAGGGCACAGGCCUAGAGUCAGCAGUCCUCUUGGUUCUAGCCCAUUUCAGCCCUCUGUCACUUGGAGUGGACCCCUCCUACUUUUCUUAGCUCCUACUCUCAUGUCUAUCUCCCUCUUCCUUUCUCCCAGGGAACUAGUGCCAAAUGGCUUCUUCCUGCCAGUUUUGGUACCUUCUAUGGCUUCUCCAGUCCUGCUUACUCCUCUGUUUUUAAAGUGCCAAAUAAAUCCCCUCCGUCUUUCUCAAAGCACAGUGAUGGCACUGAGCCCUACGCAACACCUCAGUAGAGGGGGCCUGCUUGCUCUUUAUUUUGGUCCCAGAUCCUGGGGUGGGGCAGAAACGUUUGCUGGGUUGGGGUAGGGGAAGAGUUGGCAGAGCUACGGCUCCCUACCACUGCCACACCCUAGGAAUACUGAACAUGGGCAUGGUGCCCCAGGCCCAGAUGAUAAACACUGAGCUGCCAAAACUUUUUUAUACCAGAGAAGCCCAAGGGGGAAGGGGAAGGCUCACCCCCGGGGGUUAUUUUUGGGGAGGGAGGGCUGUGCAUAGGGCCAUAUUCUCUAGAAUCUAUUUUACUAACUGACCUGUUUGGGGACAUGGUACCCAAAUAAAAGAUGUUUCUGUACAUCUG